AACAGCAAAACAUUUUGAAGUCACGUGUGUUAUGCAAACGCCAGUGGUCCGCCUGCUAAACUGCUACCUCAAACGCUAAACAUCAAAAAUAAGCUGUCAGUUUCUAUGACGCAUACUUGACGUAUUUAGUUAACGCGUCCAAAUAGUUCAGUUUUUGCAGGGUUAGCGAUGAAAGGCAAACCCUCCAAAUCAGAUGGCUUCGAGUCAAAAAAAGGGUCUCUUCUCAAGUCCACAGGAAUCCAGAAGAAAAGUGUACAUGGCAUACUACACUACAUCUACAAGCAGACUCUGGGCCAAAGUGUUCAUACUCAAAUGAAACGGUGCCUCCAAGAGCCUUUUAUCCGCUCACUCACUUUGUACCAUUAUCACGCGUCCAACCAUCCCUUCGAUCGGCGAGUCACCUGCCUGGAGUGGCAUCCCACUCAUCCCACUACACUGGCAUUGGGCUCGAAAGGUGGCGACAUCGAGCUGUGGGACUUUAAGCUCCGUGACCGAAAGAUGUUCAUCAGAGGGAAUGGCGCCGGAGACGUCAUCGGAGGGAUGAAAUUUUGCCCCACGGAUCUGUCCCGAGUGUACGUGGCCUCCGGUGAGGGCACACUGACCAUGCAGAGCUUUGAGGGCCUCACAACCACCAUUAUAGCCAAAACGGAAGAUUGUGGCCACCAUCACCACAACGUAUGUUGCUGGUACUGCUGCGUUGACGUGUCCAUUAGCCGACAGAUGCUUGCGACUGGAGACAAUGUUGGAAAUUGCCUCCUGGUGGGUUUAGAUGGGCAGAAGAUUUUCAGUGAGAAGUUGCACAAAGCCAAAGUGACUCACGCCGAGUUCAACCCACGCUGCGAUUGGCUGCUUGUGACGGCAUCAGUAGACCACACAGUGAAGCUCUGGGACCUGAGAAACAUGAAGGACAAGAACAGCUUCCUUUAUGACAUGCCUCACGAGAAGGCCGUUAACUCAGCCUAUUUUCAUCCCUCGGACUGCUCCAAAUUGGUAACAACGGAUCAGUACGACCAAAUCCGUGUGUAUUCAUCCUCUGAUUGGUCGAAGCCUCAGCAUAUCAUCCAACAUCCGCACAGACAUUUUCAACAUAUCACACCCAUCAAGGCUACAUGGCAUCCUAUGUAUGACCUUAUUGUGGUGGGUCGUUACCCCGACGACAGGAUUUGCCCGGGCGAACGGAGAACCAUCGACAUCUUUGAUUCCAACACAGCCGAGCUUGUGUGUCAGUUGCACGAUCCAAAUGUUGCGGGAAUCAAAUGUAUCAAUAAAUUCAAUCCAUUGGGAGAUGUGAUUGGCUCUGGAAUGGGUGUAUCGGUGGUACUUUGGGACCAGGAUGAGUCAUUGUUAGAUGAUGAACACAUGCCACAGGAGGAAGUGUCUCCCUCGGCUGAGCGACCACAAAGGGAACGCGGUGGUCAGCAGCAGGCCACCCGGAGCAGGAGAAGCGGUGCGAAUCAAAGUAAACUCAAGAAAAAACUGCUGUCUGUGCACAAGUCGGAAACGACGACCAAGACUAAGUGCGCAAAGCGCACAAGAAAGCUGUGACCUGAAGCUUGUAUCUAUAGAGAUAUAUUUUUUGUUACUCAUGUUUAUGUGGCUUAAAAUGGGAUAUUAUAAAACAAAUUUUCAGAUAUAAUUGUUUUCUACUGAACUGUUAAUAAAGUGUUAUUGUUUGGA